AUGGCAAUAGUCAAUUAUCCCGAACGUAAGAUAUUGAUUGAUGAGUUGGAAAGGAAAGAACAGGCUUUAUCUGAAAGACUAAGAGAACUUGAGGCCAGCGCGGCGACUCAUGAUCCUGGUACUGCAGAUACCUUUAGUCCAGACGACCGACAUGGGAAAAAUUCAAUAGCAGCUUCUUCGCCAGCGACACGAGAAGGGGCUAGUAUAAGAGCGUUCAUGAUUUGUGCUAUUGGAGCCGUGCUUCCUUAUCGGAAUAGGGUGCAUGAUCGGCAUCCGGGAGCGUAUUACAAUGCCGCACUACAGUACCUGGGUACUGGAUUUUUGACCAGAGGACUAGAUUCUGUGCAGGAUCUUUUGCUUAUAUGUAGAUUUGGAAUCUACCAUCCUAUCGGCACAUCUGUAUGGGACGUCGUGAGAAUUUGCGGCCGCCUUUGUAUUGAGCUUGGGUUACAUGAUGACCCAAGUGUCCGGGGCGACUUAUUACAAACACAACUUAUGCGGAGGGUGUUUUGGCAAUUCUACCUAAUUGAUAGAUACAGUUCAACGACACUAGACCGACCUUUCCUUAUCGACGACGACGAUAUCAAAACCAAAUUUCCUGUUGGAGCAAGCGAUGAAGAGCUAGAAGCAGCCAACAGCCAAGUCCAAUACCUUGACUCGGUUGACAUUAAUCGUGAACCAAAUGUACAGAAUGAGAUGACCGUCUUUUAUGUAUCAUUGAGGCUUCGACAGGUGUCAUCGCGUAUUCAAACCGAGUUCUCAAAGUUGCGACGCAAGGUCACUGGCUCUCCUUCCAAACAUCUUCUUCCGGGGCAUAUUCAUGUCGUCAUGUCCAAGCUUCUGCAAGACUUGCAGGACUGGAGGAAUAGCAACCCCAUUAUUCAAGAACCUGGUUGUCUAUAUGAGACGCAAGAGUGGUACGACCUUUUGCUUGCUCGAGAGCGACUAUCUGUUUUGAGAAGAGCUAUAGACCUCGUCCCGAAAGUCAAUGGAUCACCGCCAAAGGGAAUAUUGACAGUCUUUUUGAGGUCGGCUGUGGAGACUAUUUAUCGUUAUCAUAGUCUAUGGUAUCAGAAGGGACAGAUGAUGACACAUACACGAAGUUACUUUCACAUGCUCUUCACUGCAGGACUAUCGGUCAUGUACUGUACUUCUGUGUCGAAGACGAUCGCAGCAGAGGAUCUACGUGCCUCAUAUGAAGGAUUGUUGCGGUGUCAGGAAUUGCUGACUAGCGUCGCUAAACAACUUCCUGAUGCUAGCAACUACGUAUCUGUCUUUGAGGCACUCUUUCGAGAUGUAUCCCAAAGGCUGUGGCCAAAGGAAAGCGAGUCAAACAUGCCAGCUGAUACCUCCAUGGCGGCACCGUCCGGCUCAGAAGGCCAAGUGUAUUCUAAUUACCUCGGGAACUUUACCAACGGAUUCCCUCAGCAUAUACUUGCAGACUCGCUGCCUUCUGAAGUGGAGAAUAUGUCGAAUUUUGCAACGAACCGCGACUUUUUUGAUCAGAGUGCAGUUGGUCCUGUGAAUCAAUUCACCGGUCCACUAGAAGCAGACAAUGAUAUCAACACUGACGGAAUUAAUUGGGCGCUUAUGAAUUACGACUCACUGUGGAAUAUGGAAUCUGCUUUGGGUCAGUAUGUUUAUGGAGAUCCGACUAAUACUGGUGUCUGGGAAGGAUUUGAGUUUUAG